AGAAAGGCGACAGAUGUUUGCGGCCACUUGUUCCACUAGAGCUAGAAAGAUGAAGCCGGCUGUGAUCUGCCUCAUACUGUUACAGCUGGUAUGCAGCUCAGGGCUCCCCCUCUUCCAGUUUGAUCUGUCCCCCCUCGCAGAGAGAGCUCUCAACACGUCCCUCACCAGGGUGAACGGCCAAUCCACUGGACUCAACCUGUUCAGAGUGACACGCAGCUCCGUUAAGAGGGUCAUUCCGGUGGCGAUGAACGUGUACGACAUAAUGCUCAACUUUGGGAUCAGGGAAACAGUGUGCCCCAAAUCCUCCGGAAGUGACCCCAACCAGUGUCCUUUCAGCCCGGGCUUCUUUGUGCCCAAGGCGACCUGUGCCAGUCGAGUGCGUCUCUCCGCCGAUGUCUCUGAGAUCCUCUCCCUCCGGUGUGGCCGCGCGGGCAGCUCCAGCUCCAGCUCCGAGUCCAGCAGCGGGGAGCUGAUGUCCAUGAGGAUGAUGGGGACGAAUGGACAACAUGGCUUCUUGGACAGAGCUCCAGCCCCUGCCGCCCCUACCUUCGCGCCUCGAAACAGCUUUGCCAGGAACGACCUGAGCAACUUCUUGGAAUGAGACCCCAGGGUGCACUGGAUAGUCCCUGGCAGAGACAGUGUUGGGUGCUCCUGCAGGAGUACUCCAGCCCUCCACUGUGAGAAAGGCUUCCUGUGCUAGCCCUGCGUCCUCUUCCACUGAACCAGAAACACUGACCUCCCUAUGGCCCUGCUCCACGUCCCUCACAUUCAAAAACCCCAACACCCCAACCAGCAACUACUCUGCACAACAUCCACACUACACACCUGGCUGAAACUCAUGCAAAAACCCCAGCAUGAGCUACUCUACACAGCAGAGAUAUGCCUUGCUGGCUUGGCACAGUGGGUAUUUGUGACACAUGAGAUGUCACCACCCUUGUGCAUUUUAAAUCCUGCAACUGAUGUCAUCUUCACUCACCCUGCUGGAUGUGCCUUCAUUGCUGUUUCAUUAACAGCCGAAACCCCAUUCGUUCUUAUGUCCAUAUGUUCACCAGGUGCUAUAAAGAGUUAAGUGUUUACACCCGCUUUGCCUUUGUUUUUGGAAUGCCCACUCAUUGCUUUGUCAGUCAGUCACAACCAAAUAAAAAGUAUCAAGGUACUUUGGCAUAA